AUGACCAAAUGGGCCGUCGAACUAGCUGAGCACGACAUCGGCUAUCAACCUCGCACCGCCAUCAAAACUCAGGCCCUGGCAGACUUCCUCGCCGAGGGAGCCAGUUUGUCUGUGACCGAGCCGAGCUUUAUAACCGAGGAGGCGCGGCCGAAAGAGCCGUGGGUACUAUUUGUGGACGGGGCCUCGAGUAAGGAAGGGAGCGGAGCCGGCCUGCUGUUCACCUCGCCCACCGGGGAGGAGCUGACCUACGCCCUCAGGUUUGACUUCCCGACAUCCAACAAUGAGGCAAAGUACGAGACCCUGUUGACAGGAUUGCGGAUAGUCCACCAGAUGGGCAUAACCGUGAUCAGGGUUCGGAGCGACUCUCAGCUCGUAGUCUACCAAGUCCGCGGGGAGUACGAGGCCAAGGAGAACGUCAUGAGGAAGUAUUUGACUAAGGUGCGGAAGGCGAUAGCCCUGUUUGACACUUUUGAGAUCGAGCGGGUGCCGAGGUCGCAGAACAAGCGGGCGGACGAACUGUCGAAACUGGCGUCCUCCUCGUUUGCCCACCUGAGCAAAGAAGUCUUGGUGGAGGUGGUCAAGCAAAAAAGCAUUGACCAGAUCCAGGUCUUGGCCAUAGACAGCCCGACCACUUGGAUGACUCCUCUCGUGGAUUUCCUCAGUUCGGGUAUCCUCUCCGAGGAUAAAACCGAGGCUCGCCGACUCCAACUCAGAGCUGCUAUGUAUGCCUACGUUGGGGGGACCCUCUACAGGAUGUCGUAUUUGUCUCCCCGACUAAAGUGCGUAACUCCUGAGGAUGGCGACUAUGUCCUCCGAGAAGUUCACGAACGCCUGUGCGCGGCACAUGUGGGGUCCCGAGUGUUGCCCAAGAAUUGCCUGCUCCUAGGCUACUACUGGCUCUCGGUGUUUCGGGAUGCCGCAUCUCUUGUUCAGGAAUGCCGAGCUUGCCAGGUACGAACACCUCGUGGUGGCCAUCGACUAUUUCACAAAGUGGAUGGAGGCCGAACCCCUAGCCACUAUCUCCGGAAGGGCAAUUCAGAAGUUCUUCUGGAAGAACAUAGUCUGCCGCUGAAAAUCCCGCAUGUCUUGAUAUCCGACAGCAGGCGACAGUUUGCUGAAAAUCCCUUCAGGAGCUGGUGCGUCGAGCUCGGGAUUAGCCAACACUUCACCUCGGUCGGACAUCCUCAGGCCAACGGUCAGGUAGAGAAUGUUAAUCGAACCAUUCUGCAAGGGCUGAAGACUAGGUUGGAACUAGCCCAGUCUAGCUGGCUAGAUGAACUCCCUAGCGUCCUCUGGGCUUACCGCACUACGCCAAGGACAGCCACUCAUGAGACCCCGUUUUUCCUGACUUACGGGACGGAGGCGGUGGUACCCGCGGAGGUUGGCCUCCAUUCGCCUCGGAUGCAGAAUUUCGUUGCGUCAGCCAACGAAGAAGAGUUGAGAUGCAACCUGGACAUGCUGGAGGCCAAGCGCGAGGAAGUGGCGAUACGGAUGGCUAAUUACAAGAGGCAACUUGCCCGCUAUCAUAACGCAAAGGUGAGGAAUACGCAGUACCAGCCGGGUGACCUCGUCCUAAGAAAGAACUCAGUCAGCCGAGCUCAUAACUCCAACAAGCUUGAUCCAAACUGGGAGGGGCCGUACAAGGUCUUGGAGGCAAGUCGGGUUGGGUACUGUAAGCUUGCGAAAUUAGACGGAAUAGAAGUACCCCGCACUUGGCACUUCUCGAAUUUGCGGUUGUUCGUAGGAUAG